AUACGAAGCUCGACUAAAGGACGUAGUUAGAGCUUAUAAAGGAUUGGUAAAGGAGAAAGAAACUCUUGAAACCUCUCUCAAAGUUAUUACAGCUGCAGCUGCUACUGAUGAACAGGGCAAGGAAGGUGAAGGGGAUGUAAGCGAUGUUGAGUCUACAGCAGAUUCUCAGACUAGUACUGAUACUGCUAACUUCAAGUCUAGGCUUGGAACCCUUUCAUCAAGUUUAGCCAGUAUAAGCCAGGAGAAGGCCCAGAACGAGGCCAAGUACCUGGCGGAGAGGAGAAGGUUGAAGAAGGAGAAGGAUGAGCUGAUCAUUCAAGUGAACAAUCUCAAGGCAGCAGAUGAGUCCCUCAGGAAGAAUUUGGAAGAUUUCAAAUCUAAACUAAUUGUCGAGAGACAUGAACGGGAGCAGGAAACUAAUAACAAUAAACUUAUGAUGAAGGAGCUGCAGAAACUUCUAGCUGAUGAAAGAAACCUGAAAGAGAAGCUGAAUGAUGAACUCCAUGGGUUUAGAACUGGAGCUAUCAGUAUCCAGACUACCAGGUCUAGUCUAGUAGAGGAGACUAGACUCAAGGAGGUGGAAAACGAACUGGAGCAGAUGAAACUAAAACUUAAUAAAUCCGAGGAACAGCUGCGAGAUCAGAAUUCAACCAAACAACAGCUGCGGCAGCUUCAGCAGGAGCUGUUCGAGGUUCGGCAGCAGCACCAGGAGCAGCUUAGAUCUGCUGAACUAGCAAGAGAAGCUGCUGAAUUGCGUGCUAUUGAGCUUCAAAAUCAACAAGAGAAUAGGGUGGGUAACCUAGAGAAUAGGUUACAGGAACUGUCCUCCAGUGUAGCAGAAUAUCAGAGAUUAAGAGAAUCUGAUCAGACGGAUAUAAACAGACUUAGAAUGAAAAUUGAUUUGUUGAGCGAUGAAAACUCAGUGUUAGCCAGAGCAGUAUCUACUGAACCCCCGGAGAUUAAAGAAAAGCACUUGAAACAAGCUGAGAUUAAACAGAUUAUUGAAAAUGUGAAAACAUAUAAAAAGACACUCUCCGAGGAGGGUAUAGAGCAGACUCUUCUGGAAGAUUUGUUCAGUCUUCCCAUCCAUACAAUCUGGAGGAAGCAGGUUGGGGACCUGGAGGGCCAGGUUCAGGAGCAGGAGAACCUUAUCAAGGAGUUGAAGAAGGAGCAAAGAGUCGGAGCUCCUGGGAUGUAUGAGGAUUUCCUGACGUACUCAGCUCAGACUAGAGAGCUAGAAAAUAUAAAGGAAUACAACGAGGUUCUAAAAGCCCGGCUCUCUGAGUCUAAACUUGAGCUGGGAAGACUGGAAAAGGAGCUGAAGGAAAAGUGUAGGAGUUUACUAGAGUUAAAGGAGGAAAAUGAGAAGGAGAAGGAGAUUGAAAGAAUGGAGAAUAGAAAACAGAUCGGAAUAUUAAAGUACGAACUGCAGCAGCAAAGGGAGCGUUCUCUAGUUCUCCUGGAGGAAAAGGAUGCUGAGAUCCAGAGAUUAGUUGGAGACCUGGAGAAAACUGUUGAGGACGCAUUCUUUAGUCCUGAACGACCAGAGUCUUCAAGUUCUCUAGUUCUUCCUGCUAGAAAGGUUUCCUGUGAUAUCGGAGAUAUGAAUGCAGGACCGAACAGUAGUGGACCUCCUCUUCACUACGUUCAGGAGUUGAGUAGGAAGGAGGUAGAGAUUAAAGAGAUGAGAGCACUGCAGUUUCAAACUGAAACAACUCUACGAGAACUCCAGCUUACUAUGUCAACAAAGGAGGAGAAAUAUCAGGAGAAAAUAGAGGAUCUGGAGGAUACAAUAUCAAGACUAGAAAGGAUGACGACCUCCGAGGGCGCUAAUCUGGAGUACUUGAAGAACGUGGUGUUGACCUACAUGCUAUCUACGGAUAUCUCCAGUAGGAACCAUAUGCUCAAGGCUAUCGGAGCAGUACUUAGGCUUAGUAAAUCAGAGGUUUCCCGUGUAAUGGAACAAAAUAAUGCCUGGUGGUGGCAGCAUUCACAUAAAACCCCUCCUAAAACUAAUUAAAUCCUCCUUGAACUAAAUAAACCACCCUAGAACUGAUUAAAACCCUCCUAGAACUAAUUAAACCCAAUAAAACUAAAUAAACACUCCUAUAGUAAAUAAACCCUACUAGAACUAAAUAAAACCCUCCUAGAACUAAACAUAACCCUUCUAGAAGUGAUUAAAACCCUCCUAGAAUUAAAUAACCCCUUCUAGAACUAAAUAAACCCUCUAGAACUAAAUAAACCCUUCUAGAACUUAAUAAACACUCCUAUAACUAAAUAACCCUACUAGAACUAAAUAAUAUCCUUCUAGAACUAAAUAAAAUCCUUCUAUAACUAAAUAAAACCCUACUUAAACUAAAUAAACCCUCCUAGAACUAAAUAAAAACCUCCUAUAACUAAAUAAAACCCUCCUAGAAUUAAAUAAACUCCUCUUAGAACUAAAUAAACUCUCCUAGAAAAAAUGAACCCUCCUAAAAUCAAAUAAACCCUCCUAGAACUGAAUGAAACCCUCCUAGAACUGAAUGAAACCCUCAUAGAACUAAGUAAACCUUCCUAGAACAC